AGCUUGGGCGGAGAGGGAGGAAAACUUCCUGGCCUGGGCUCAGGGACGCUAGGUCUGCCAGCCCUACGAUCCCGCCUACCAGUGCCGGGAGCUUCCCCACCCCUCCCCCGGCGCCCCCAGUGUCCGCCAUGGCCAAAGCCUACGACCACCUCUUCAAGUUGUUGCUGAUCGGGGACUCGGGGGUGGGCAAGACUUGUCUGAUCAUUCGCUUUGCAGAAGACAACUUCAACAGCACUUACAUCUCCACCAUCGGAAUUGAUUUCAAGAUCCGCACUGUGGAAAUAGAGGGGAAGAAGAUCAAACUGCAAGUCUGGGACACAGCUGGCCAAGAGCGAUUCAAGACUAUAACUACUGCCUAUUACCGUGGGGCCAUGGGUAUUAUCCUAGUGUACGACAUCACAGAUGAGAAAUCCUUUGAAAAUAUUCAGAACUGGAUGAAAAGCAUCAAAGAAAACGCCUCAGCUGGAGUGGAGCGUCUCUUGCUGGGGAAUAAGUGUGAUAUGGAAGCCAAGAGAAAAGUGCAGAAGGAGCAGGCCGAUAAGUUGGCUCGAGAGCACGGAAUCCGAUUUUUUGAGACAAGUGCCAAAUCCAGUAUGAAUGUGGAUGAGGCUUUCAGUUCCCUGGCUCGGGACAUCUUACUCAAGUCAGGAGGCCGGAGAUUGGGAAACAAUCACAAGCCCCCCAGCACUGAUCUGAAAACCUGUGACAAGAAGAACACCAGCAAGUGCUCCCUGGGCUGAGAACCCUUUUCUCCCUCCCCACCCUAAGCCUGGAGGUGGAACGUGAGGGACUGCACAGGGAGAAAUAGCAGUGGUACCUGAAAUAGAUGGGUUGGUGGUAAGGAGAAUGCAGAGAAGAUGGAGAAGGGAAACAAAGAAAAGAAGGAAAGUAGGGGCAGGGAGCAGUGUGAGAGGGAAUAAAGAAAGUGAAAGAAGGUGAUGGGGUAGGAUGAGAGGGAGGAGUAACAAUGGGAUAGAGAGCCUCAUGCCUUGAACUUUCUCUGGAUUUUUAGGUCAUGAAUAUAUGUAAAUAUAUUGAUUUUUUUUGAUACUGGAUCAGGUUUUCAAGUCCUGUGAGAGGCUGGCUCAGCACCACUCUGUGAAGGUUUGGCACUCUGCAUGGUCUUCCUUAGUAUUAAAGGCCAUCAUUUGCACAAAUGUC